UUUCACCGCAGAGCGAGAUCGAAUUCCACGGACCAAAAUCCACCCAGGAAGUCAUCACGAGCAUGUCUGCGAUCAAAGCCAAGGUCGAGGACGCCGCUUCGUCCGCCAAGGCCGGCACGGAGAAGGCCAUGGCCGCCGCCGGUGAGAAGGCGGAGAAGGCGACGAUGAGAGACCCGAUGAAGAAGCGGGCGGCCGAGGAGCGGAAGGAGGACCGGAAGCUGGAGAUCGAAUCCGACGAGAGGGUCGAGAAGGCCGGCCAUGGCUCCGAGAAAAAGCACACGGUGGAAGGGUAGGCCGUACGCGAGCUACGACUGCAGCGCAGCACGUCGGCGCUGCCGCAAGUGGAACGAGCACGGAGCACCAUUCGACCGGUGCGCCGUAGACAUACGAGCUAUGUAUGUAAUGUUGAUUUGAGUUUAUUAAAAAAACAAACAUCUAUCGUUGUUAUUUUUCUUAUAUUCAUCACGAGUAUAUCAUGAUAGUAUGUUUAAUUUAAUUGGUACAGUAG